GCUCGGCUCGCGGGGGAGGCGGGACUUCCUCAGAAAGCGUGAUUGGGCCCAACCGUGACGGCCACCACGUGGAGGCGCCAGAAAGGCUGGACCGGAGAGGGCGGGGUCUGCGGACUGUCGGCUGCCGGGCUGGAAAUCGGGCCGAAGGCCUAGAGGUUCCCACAGCAGGGCUAGAAGGAGCCCGCGAGUUACCUAGUGAUCUGGGGGAACCGCCCCGGGCCUGUUGGAGAAGAUGCCGUACCUUGGCUCCGAAGACGUAGUGAAGGAGCUGAAGAAGGCUCUGUGUAACCCGCACAUUCAGGCUGAUAGGCUGCGCUACCGGAAUGUCAUCCAGCGAGUGAUUAGGCACAUGACUCAGGGCUUGGACAUGUCUGCUGUUUUCAUGGAAAUGGUGAAGGCCAGUGCCACUGUAGAUAUUGUUCAGAAGAAGUUGGUGUAUCUGUACAUGUGCACAUAUGCCCCCCUGAAACCAGAUCUGGCUCUCCUGGCCAUCAAUACAUUGUGCAAAGACUGUUCGGACCCCAAUCCGAUGGUGCGAGGGCUGGCCCUACGGAGCAUGUGUAGCCUCAGGAUGCCUGGUGUGCAGGAGUAUAUCCAACAGCCUAUUCUCAAUGGUCUGCAUGAUAAGGCUUCGUAUGUCAGGAGGGUGGCAGUCCUUGGUUGUGCCAAGAUGCAUAAUCUUCAUGGAGACUCUGAAGUGGAUGGUGCCCUGGUAAAUGAAUUAUACAGUUUGCUGCGUGACCAGGAUCCAAUUGUGGUUGUGAACUGCCUGAGGUCUCUAGAGGAAAUUCUGAAACAGGAAGGAGGUGUUGUCAUCAAUAAGCCCAUCGCCCACCAUCUCUUAAAUCGAAUGUCAAAACUGGACCAGUGGGGCCAGGCUGAAGUAUUGUACUUUCUGCUACGCUACCAACCCCGCAGUGAGGAGGAGCUGUUUGACAUUCUCAAUCUGUUGGACAGCUUUCUCAAGAGCAGUAGCCCAGGCGUGGUUAUGGGAGCCACCAAACUCUUUCUGAUCUUGGCAAAAAAAUUCCCCCAUGUACAAACUGAUGUGCUUGUGCAAGUCAAGGGGCCUUUGCUGGCUGCUUGUUCUUCAGAGAGCCGCGAGCUCUGUUUUGCUGCCCUCUGUCAUGUGCGCCAGAUCUUGCAUAGUUUGCCAGGUCACUUUAGCAGCCACUACAAAAAGUUUUUUUGCUCCUACUCGGAGCCCCACUACAUCAAGCUACAGAAGGUGGAGGUGCUGUGUGAGCUGGUGAAUGAUGAGAACGUGCAACAGGUGUUAGAGGAACUUCGAGGGUACUGUACUGAUGUGUCUGCUGACUUUGCGCAGGCUGCCAUCUUUGCCAUAGGCGGCAUUGCCAGGACCUACACGGAUCAAUGUGUGCAGAUUCUAACAGAGUUGCUGGGGCUUCGACAAGAUCAUAUUACCACAGUGGUGGUGCAAACUUUCCGAGACCUGGUUUGGUUGUGUCCUCAGUGUACGGAAGCUGUGUGUCAGGCCCUGCCCGGCUGUGAGGAGAACAUUCAAGAUAGUGAGGGGAAGCAGGCACUUAUUUGGCUACUUGGUGUCCAUGGGGAAAGAAUUCCCAAUGCUCCUUAUGUCUUGGAAGACUUUGUGGAGAAUGUGAAGUCAGAGACGUUUCCAGCUGUUAAGAUGGAGCUACUCACUGCCCUGCUGCGCCUUUUCCUCUCGCGACCUGCUGAGUGCCAGGACACGCUGGGGCGUUUGUUGUAUUACUGCAUCGAGGAAGAAAAGGAUAUGGCAGUACGGGACCGAGGUCUCUUCUAUUAUCGCCUCCUCUUAGCUGGCAUUGAUGAAGUUAAGCGGAUCCUGUGUAGCCCUAAAUCUGACCCUUCUCUUGGACUUUUGGAGGAUCAGGCAGAAAGACCUGUGAAUAGCUGGGCUUCAGACUUCAACACACUGGUGCCAGUAUAUGGCAAAGCCCGCUGGGCAACCAUCUCUAAAUGUCAGGGGGCAGAGCGUUGUGGCCCAGAGCUUCCUAACACUGCAUCCUUUGCCACAUCAGGACCCCUGAUUCCUGAAGAGAACAAGAAGAGGGUACAAGAACUCCCUGAUGCUGGAGCCCUCAUGCUAGUCCCCAAAUGCCAGCUUACUGCUGAAUGUUUUGAGAAAACUUGGCUUCACCUCAAAGUUGCUCAUCAGCAAGUACUCCCUUGGCAGGGAGCAGUCCAUCCUGACACCCUCCAGAUGGCCCUGCAAGUAGUGAACAUCCAGACCAUUGCAAUGAGCAGGGCAGGGGCUCAGCCAUGGAAAGCCUACCUCAGUGCACAGGAUGAUACUGGCUGUCUGUUCUUAACAGAACUGCUGUUGGAGCCCGAGAACUUGGAAAUGCAGAUCUCCGUGAAACAAAAUGAGGCUAGGACUGAGGCACUGAAUGGUUUUAUUUCUGUAUUAGAAACUGUGAUUGGAACAAUUGGAGAAAUAAAAUCAUAACAGAUUCUUGCUGCCUUUUCUAAGUGAGGUGAAUAGCUGUGAGUGCCUUAAUUUUUCUUAUUAGAGCUGCUUGUGAGUCCAGAUAGCAUCAAAUACAAAGGAGAAUGGGAAAUCUAAGAAUGAGGGUUGUUGUGUUUUUGUCCAAAGACCAUUGACUUAUUCCUCUCAUACCUAUUGGUGAAUGACCCCAUUUUUCCAGGUGAUGUAAAGGUUAGUGUUGUUGGUAAGGGGAUGGGAAUGGGGUAAGAAUAGGAUUUGGAUUCUUUUCUAAUCAGUUUGAGCGAUUGUGUUACUAAUUAAAGAUGCCUGAUGUGUGUGGA